AUGGGUGACUCGGCCGCGGGUCCGUGCCGGGCGCCGGGCCCGGAUCCGCCGGCGGCGGCGGCGGCGGCAACGACCGCCCAGGGCAACGGGGGACCCUCAGCCCUGAGCGUCAUCAGCGAGGGCGUGGGCGAGCUGGCCCUCAUCGACGCCGAGGUGGCCCAGAAGGCCUGCGAGGAGGUGCUGGAGAAGGUGAAGCUGCUGCAUGGCGGCGGUGGUGGUGGUGGUGGUGGCACCGUGCCCAACGGCGAGGCUCGGCCGGACGAGGAGGAGGAGGAGGAGGCGGCGGCGGAGGAGGACGGGGCGGCGGCCAGCGCAGCCAGGACGGCGCGGCGGCGGCAGAAGAACAACUCGGCCAAGCAGUCGUGGCUCCUGCGGCUCUUCGAGUCGAAGCUCUUCGACAUCUCCAUGGCCAUCUCCUACCUGUACAACUCCAAGGAGCCCGGCGUGCAGGCCUACAUCGGCAACCGGCUCUUCUGCUUCCGCCACGAGGACGUGGACUUCUACCUCCCGCAGCUGCUCAACAUGUACAUCCACAUGGACGAGGACGUGGGCGACGCCAUCAAGCCCUACAUCGUGCACCGCUGCCGCCAGAGCGUCGACUUCUCGCUGCAGUGCGCGCUGCUGCUGGGGGCCUACUCGUCCGACAUGCACAUCUCCACGCAGCGCCACUCGCGGGGCACCAAGCUGCGCCGCCUCAUCCUCUCCGACGAGCUCAAGCCCAGCUCGGCCCGGCCCAGGACGCCACGGGGCUGUCGCCCUCCAAGAGGACUCACCAGAGGUCCAAGUCGGACGCCACGGCCUCCAUCAGCCUGAGCAGCAACCUGAAGCGCACGGCCAGCAACCCCAAGGUGGAGAGCGAC